AUUUGCUACAUUCUCCUCAGAGCAAAAAGACGACGCUCGUCUCUUCAGAGAAUUUCACCUUCUAGGGUUUGUUCAAGGUACACUGAAGAAGACACUAAACCUAAUGGAGAACGAGGAAUCAGUAUUUGAUGCUUGGUCCUCAAGCAGCGAGGAGUUCGAACAUGAAGCUCUUCUUGAACCAACUAAACUUGCAGCUGUAAAAUUGGACGCUGACAUUUCUGAGACUGAAAUCAAAAGCUUUUUCUCAAACAUUGCUGAACCUGGGGUGGACAUCUACGAAACGAGAGAUGAAAAUGACUGUGUAGUUGGUUCGGUUGCUGUCAUGACGUUUUCGUCACUUGAACAAACGCAAGCGGUAAUUGCUUGUUUAUGUUCUGUCCUAAUGGUUUUAUUGUUAUUUAGUUGCUUUACAUUUCUGUCUUAAUGCUGGCGAUGAAAUUAAAAGGCGAAAAAAUGCGGGGCAAACCGGUGUAUCUUACUCGAUGGAGUUCUAGCCUUUUCACAGCUUGUGUGGUUGGUUUUGACCCAACGCUCUCUGAUAAUGACCUAAAGCAAAGAUUUUCUGAGGCACUCGGAUCUAUAGGAACUGCUGAUAAACCGGAAUCAGUUGGUAUCCUUAUCAAAACUUUCAUUCCGCGAUCAACGUCAAACGGAGCUUCUCUAGGGUUUUGUUACCUAUACAUCCAAACCGAUGAUAAGAAUGAGGAUCAAUUUAAGUCUUGUUUGGAACGAGUUGAUCUAAACAUGGGGCAGAUUAGCCAUGUUAAUCUCAAACACUGGGUCAACGAAGCUUUACUUAAUGCCCUUCGAGAAGGUUAUCGGGCAUGGGCUGCUCAUUGCUGCUGGUACAGUUGAGGACGGAUUGCAAGUUUUGGAGUUCCAAGAUUCAUUUGGGCUAGAGCAUGGAGCUCAAGGAUUCAUCAAGCUGGCUUUUUUCAAGUAUCUGCUUAAAGAAGUAUAUGAAUUCUAGGUAGGUUUAUAGGUGAAGCAGGGAAAAAGAAACACUAAUCUAGUUCUAAUCAUUCCCUAUUUCUUCUUCUUACAUUAAAAAAAUGGAUUGUGAAUUUAUUAGUUUUAUAAUGAUCAGAUCUCAUCCUCAGAUACUUUUUAAA